AUGAUCACCAAGAUUUUGAAUGUGGAUAAUCUUACUGCAACAACACAUUUCAUUCUUCUGGGAUUUCCCACACGGCCUGCUUUCCAGCUGCUCCUCUUUUCUGUUUUCCUUGCAACCUACCUGCUGACGUUGCUAGAGAACUUCCUCAUUAUUCUAGCCAUCCGCAGUGAUGGACAGCUGCACAAGCCCAUGUACUUCUUCCUGAGCCACCUUUCUUUCCUGGAGAUGUGGUAUGUCACAGUCAUAAGCCCAAAGAUGCUGGUGGACUUCCUUAGUUAUGACAAGAGCAUUUCUUUCAAUGGCUGCAUGACUCAGCUUUAUUUCUUUGUGACCUUUGUCUGCACUGAGUACAUCCUUCUUGCUGUCAUGGCUUUUGACCGCUAUGUGGCCAUUUGUAAUCCUCUACGAUACCCAGUCAUCAUGACCAACCAGCUUUGUGGUACACUAGCUGGAGGAUGCUGGUUGUGUGGACUCAUGACCGCCAUGAUUAAGAUGGUUUUCAUAGCCCGACUCAACUACUGUGGCACACCCCAUAUUAACCACUAUUUUUGUGAUAUCUCUCCACUCCUCAAUGUUUCAUGUGAAGACUCUUCACAGGCUGAGUUGGUGGACUUCUUCUUGGCCCUCAUGGUCAUUGCUGUUCCCCUCUGUGUAGUAGUGGCAUCCUAUGCCACCAUCCUCACCACCAUCCUUAGAAUCCCUUCUACUCAGGGCCGCCAAAAGGCAUUCUCCACUUGUGCUUCUCACCUGACAGUUGUAACUCUCUUCUAUUCUACUACCCUUUUCACCUAUGCCCGCCCCAAGCUCAUGUAUGCCUACAAUUCCAACAAAGUAGUAUCUCUGCUCUACACUGUCAUUGUUCCCCUCCUCAACCCCGUCAUCUACUGUUUGAGAAACCGUGAGGUAAAGACAGCUCUCAAAAAGACCAUACUUUGCAAAGGAAGUGGGCCUAGGGAUGAUAUGGCUUUGAGUAGUUAA